CUCACCUCGUCUGUCGAGGUUUAUUUGCACGAUUACCAAGUAAUUUCAUUUGAAGCAUGUUGUAGUGGACAACAUUCUAUAUCCUUCAAAAUGCCGAAAGCCUCGAAUGCUAGAUCCAAAUUGGCGGAGCUUCGCGCUCUGAGAGAAUCCGGCAAGAAGCGCCUUGAAAGCUACCAAGUCCAACAAGAAGAAGAUCUGUACGAAGAAGUUGACGAAGAUGGCUAUAAGAAGGUUGUACGUGAACGUUUGAACCAGGACGACUUCGUCAUAGACGACAAUGGCGAAGGAUACGCCGACGACGGCCGCGAGGAGUGGGAUCGUCGACCCGGAUAUGACACAGAGAGUGAAGAGGAUCUGCCCGUCAAGGGGAAGUCGGGAAAAGCUGCAAAACGGAAACGCGAGGAAGAGAAAGCGAAGAAAGAGUCUAUGGACAAGGGAAUUAGCAACUAUUUCACCAAAGGUCCGAUAGUUGCCCAGCCUAAAGCGAAGCCUGUGAAGACGAAAGCUGAUGACGACUUCCUGGCCGAUCUACUUGGUGAGGUUGAGACCAAUGUUCCACGCCACAUCUCCCAGCCCACCAGACCAAACAGGCUGCAGGAUAAACGACGACCUCGUGCGCUGUCUCCCUCGGUCGAUGACUACAAACAUCACAUCUCGAAGAAAACGAAGUUGAUGGAGAAUAGGACUCCAGCUACACCCCCAAAAGACCAAGACUUUGGUGAUGAUGAUUUUAUGGAUGGCAUGGACGACGGUGAUAUACUCAUGGACGAUCCUCAACCUUCAUCUCCCGUGGCGAAAGCUGUCGAAAGAAAAUCGCAGGUUACAAUCAAGGCAGAGGAAGAAGACGAAGAUAUGAUGGAAGUCGCUCAGGCGGACGGAAUAAUAACGGAGAGUGUCAACAUGUCAGGUACUAGACCUGUACCAAAGAUUAAGAAGGCCCAGACGUAUCCUUCGCCCGCUAGCUCUUCCCCAACAAGGCCACCUCCGCAAGAGGUUGAUUCGUCCGCCUGGAACGAUGUUACCGACAAACUGAAUGUCAUGAAUAGCAGCCAAUUGGCCGAGACGAUGACCUUCGGAAAACUCGAUUUCAAUGAUGCUAUCGAAGAAGAUGGUAGUCUGAGAAUGUUCUGGACAGACUAUACUGAAGUCAACGGCAGUUUGUGCCUCUUUGGAAAAGUUCAGGACAAAAAGAGCGGCUCUUUCGUUAGUUGUUUCGUUAAGGUCGACAAUAUUUUAAGAAAAUUGUUCUUCCUUCCAAGGCGGUAUCGACAACGACAUGGGCGAGAUACAACUGAGGAGGUUGAUAUGAAAGACGUAUAUGAAGAGGUGGAUGAACUGAUGGGAAAGAUGAGAGUUGGAAUGCACAAGAUCAAGCCUUGCACAAGGAAGUAUGCCUUCGAACUUCCAGACAUACCCAAAGAAGGGGAAUAUCUCAAACUCCUUUACCCCUAUUCCAAACCACAACUCCAAUCUGACCAUCUCACUGGAUCAACGUUCUCCCACGUCUUUGGCUCGAAUACACCGCUUUUCGAACAGUUCGUGUUAUGGAAGAAUAUAAUGGGCCCCUGCUGGCUGCGGAUCGAGGAUGCCGAAUUUGGGGUGAUCAAGAACGCAUCCCAUUGCAAACUAGAAGUUCAAGUCUCGAAACCCAAUCUCAUCACACCUCUGAGUGAAGCGGAUAACUUGGAACCGCCGCCGUUGACCAUUAUGAGCAUUGCUUUGCGAACUGUUCUCAAUGUCAAGGACAACAAGCAGGAAAUACUCGCAAUCAGCGCACGCAUCUAUCAGAAUCUAUCACUAUCUGAUACAACGCCUCCGGAAAAACUACCCUGCCAAACCUUUACUGUCAUGCGACCGACAGGAUCUAAUUUUCCAAUUGGGUUUGAAGGACUAGUUAAAACGCGCGCUAAAGGGCUGGUAAAGCUGGUGAAACAGGAGCAGGAAGUAUUGAGCUUUUUCCUGGCAAAGCUCAAUUCUGUCGAUCCAGAUGCUCUUAUCGGUCACCAACUUGAAGGUGUAGAUUUCAGCAUCUUGUUAAGUCGACUUCAAGCCAAGAAGACACCGCAGUGGUCACGGAUAGGUCGAAUGAGACGUACUGAUUGGCCGAGUUCGAUGGGUAAGAUGGGCGGGAACUUCUUUGCUGAGCGCUCACUGAUCUCGGGACGCCUUUUAUGCGAUUUGGCUAACGACGCCGGUAAAUCGAUGAUGACAAAAUGUUCUUCCUGGAGUCUCACGGAGAUGUGCAGUCUAUACCUUUCAGGCACGACUCGACGGGAGAUCGACAAUGAAGUAGCACUAAAGACUUGGGCGACGACAAAAGAUGGACUAAUGGACUAUGUUACUCAUUGCGAAGCCGACACAUUCUUCAUCGCAGCUUUGGCUCUGAAGGUUCAGAUGCUUCCGUUGACAAAGGUCCUCACCAACCUUGCUGGAAAUUCUUGGGCGAGAACUUUAACUGGUACUCGAGCGGAGCGUAACGAGUAUAUUCUGCUUCAUGAAUUCCAUCGCAACAAGUAUAUAUGUCCAGACAAAGCCGUCUUCAGGGGAAAGCAGCAAGUCGAGGAAGAGAAUCUCGAGGAAGAGACCGGGGAUGUGAAGAAAAAAGACAAGUACAAGGGCGGUCUAGUGUUCGAACCAGAGAAAGGAUUGUGGGACAAGUUUGUCCUCGUCAUGGACUUCAAUUCCUUGUACCCCAGCAUCAUACAGGAGUUCAACAUCUGCUUCACAACUGUAGAUCGCACCAAACUGUCGGAUGAUGAAGACAGGGUACCAGAAGUACCUGCUGACCAGGACCUUGGAAUAUUGCCAAGGCUUAUUUCAACUCUUGUCAGCCGCCGCCGGCAAGUUAAGAGUCUAAUGAAGGAUAAAUCAGCAACCGCGGAGCAACUGGCAACUUGGGAUAUCAAGCAACUUGCCCUCAAACUCACUGCCAACUCUAUGUAUGGUUGUUUGGGCUACACAAAAUCUAGGUUCUAUGCAAGGCCAUUGGCGGUUCUCACAACCUAUAAAGGACGUGAGAUUCUUCGAAGUACAAAAGCUUUGGCCGAGAGUAACUCGCUUCAAGUCAUCUACGGUGACACAGACUCCGUCAUGAUCAACGCAAAUGUGGACAACAUCGAGGAUGCGUUGAAGGUCGGGAAUGAGUUCAAACGAGCCGUUAAUGAACGAUACAAGCUUUUGGAAAUCGACAUCGACAAUGUUUUCAGGCGUAUUCUUCUUCAGGCUAAGAAGAAAUACGCAGCCAUCAAUCUUGUGCAGAUUGACGGCAAAUAUGUCGACAAGAUGGAAGUGAAGGGACUCGAUUUGAAACGCCGAGAGUACUGUAAUCUUUCGAAAGAGGUUUCUUCCCAACUCUUGAACGAGAUUCUUUCCGGUGAUGAGUCGGAAAUCGUAAUCACCCGCAUUCACGAGUACCUUCGCCAAAUUUCGACAAAAAUGCGCGAGGGUGGUGUCCCUCUCCGAAAUUAUACCAUUUAUACAAAGCUGGGGAAAGCUCCAAAAGACUAUCCCAAUGCGGAUAGCAUGCCGCAGGUCCAAGUCGCUUUACGUGAGCUCUCUCGUGGAAAGAAUGUUCGAAAAGACGAUGUUAUCGCUUACAUUGUUACGGGUGAUGGCAAAACAACUUCCGAACCUCCUGCAAAGCGAUCUUAUACUCCUCAAGAUGUCGCAAAAGCCGAUUCGGGGCUUACUCCAGACGUGGAAUGGUACUUGUACAAGCAGAUCUUCCCUCCGGUUGAACGUUUAUGCGCAAAUAUAUCUGGCACCGACACUGUCCGUCUGGCGGAAUGCCUUGGCCUCGAUAUCCGCAAGUACAGCAUCAGUAAUAAUACUUCGACUGGUAAUUCAGAGACUGAAAUACAUCCUCUUGAGAGCCAGAUUGACGAUGAAGUGCGCUUCAAGGAUGCCGUCCGUUUGACCCUUCGCUGUCGAGCAUGCAAAGCCCUUUUCGGUUUCGAUGGUCUCCUUGGCAGUAUUGAUAUCUGCUCCCCAGCUGGUAUCACUUGUCGCUGUGGGCAGGUUUUGUCCAAUCUCACGGUCAUGAUGCAACUAGAACAUCAAAUCCGACAGCAGACAUGCAAGUACUAUGAGGGUUGGCUGGUUUGUGAUGACCAAGCUUGCGGUAAUCGCACGAGACAAAUGAGUGUUUACGGCCAUCGAUGCUUAGGGCCGAAGGGUUUGGCCCAUGGAUGCCUAGGCAAGAUGCGUUACGAGUAUACCGAGAAAAUGAUCUAUAACCAGCUAUUAUACUUCGCGACGUUGUUUGAUGUUGAGAAGGCAAAGAAUGCGGCUAAAGGAGCAGAGAGAGAUCGCGUUAUGGCACUUGCGGAGCAUAACCGCGUUAGAUUUGGCGUGCUGAAAGGGGUCGUAGAGAAGUAUCUGGAUAAGUGCGGUAGACAAUGGGUUGCGAUGGAUAGUUUAUUUGGGAAAUUGGGGUUCACUGCUUGAACGGGUAAUCAUGAUCAUCGGCGUCGGGUUCUUGUUUCAUGGGGUUUGUAUGGGUCUAUAUCAUGAAUGCAGCGCGGCGUGUUAUUAUUUAGUACCUAGUUACACAUCUUGAAGAUAUCCUUGAGCGAUGUUCAAGUGAGGGGCGGGUGGGGCCUGUCUAAAUAGUCUUAGCGGGCUAAAAUUUGCCGGUAGUCACCGCCUUGACUUCUUAACGCAGAAUAUGAACUCGAAUCCUCG